CCAGUCAUGAGUCAAGUCAACGUCAAAAAUUUGUUGUUGUGUAUUGGAUUUGACUGACUGAAAAUUUGUUUUGAAUUUUUGAUACCUGUAACCAAAAAGGGUAAAUAAAUACUCUACAAAAAUCCGAUGCACGAAUCAACUUAUUUGCCCUUUUAUCGGAGGGCAAAAUGGAAAAUCUUAAGGAGAACGACCAAGUCCCAGAAAUUAGUUUUAUUUUUGAGGAGGGUGGAAGAGGAUGCCGAACUAAAAAGAGACAUUUAGAUCCUACCUGUUGUCCAGUUUGCAGUGUAACACUUCGUGAAACAGAAAUGGAUACACAUUUACAUGUAGAGCUUGAUAAGCUUAACAAACUUCCGAUUUCGAAAAUGAAGGUAAAUGGAAAAUGCACCCCUUCUUGCUCCAAUAGUAGCCCUUCAGACAAUACAUCUGACACAGAUAAAAAUUGGGAAACUUUUCAAAAAGUCAAAAACAAUAGGCAAAACAGGUUACGUACAAAAACACGUAAAAGAAAAGCAGAAGAGCAACUUUGUCCUAUUUGUAAUAAAGAUGUAAUAGAAGACUUACAAACUCAUGUAGAAUUUUGUCUCAGAAGAUCUGAAGAGAAUGACUUUGAACACGAAGAGGAAAACGUUGAUAUCGAAUCUUUUGAAGAAUAUGAAUGGGCUGGUCAAAGCAGAAUCCGUGCAACUAGCCUCUUACCUGGUGGUGUAUCUAGCUUGGGUCAAUCCUUACAAAAUGUAAAUAAUGAAGAUGAAGACCUAAAUGUAGAUGGUUUUGGUGAAUUGUAUGGUUCACCUCAAUAUUCAGAGAGGGACAUUAUUUUACCUAGUGAAGAAUCAACACAAGAUUUAGCCCUGAGAAAAGCAGUUAUAGGAGAUGAACUUAAUUUUCCCGUAAUUGCUGGAAAGGACACUAUUAAUAAGGCAAGUGAUAAUACUGAUAGUAGUUGUAGUGGUGAUCCAGUUCUAGAGGCCCUUAAAAAUCGUAUCAAGGAAUUAGAGGAGCGUAUUGAAUGCAAAGAUGAGAUUUAUAAAUGUUUAAUUUGUAUGGAUCGCUAUCAAACUCCGGUAAUCUCAAUAUGCUGUUGGCAUGUGCAUUGUGAGCAAUGUUGGCUUCGAACUUUGGGAGCGAAAAAACUUUGUCCUCAGUGUAACAUGAUUACUUCACCAGCUGAUUUGAGAAAAAUAUUUAUGUAAAAUUUCGAGUCUAGAAAAUGGAAAUCUUAAUGAUUUUUUUGUUGUUCACAUAAAUGACAGUAUAUUAAUUUUGGCAGGCGCAAACACUAUAAGGUAUUAGCUUUGUUUUGCUUCGAAAAAAGGACGGUUCUAGAACGGUUUAAAACAAUCGCACAGUUUAUUAUUGAAAUUUGUGAUAGCCGAGCCCUUGUCAUUUUGUCUAAUUUAACCGUCUUUUUUUUUGAACCAAAACAAAGCUACAGACAAAAACCAAAACCUUUUUUUUUCAAGACUCAGUGGUGGGACUCUGUGUCAUGUAGAAUUCGACAUAUUGAAUGCCGCACAGUAUGCCGAGCCUUGAAAAUCCUGUCGAUAUGUAGAAUUCUACAUGACACGGAGUCCCUGGGCAGGUUUUUUGACUUACUGAAUAAUCAAAAUAUGAUAAUUGUGUUAAAAUGAGAACUGUGUUAUAAGUAGGUGCAGUUGGCCAAUAAAGUAAUGUCCCUAACUCGGUCACCAAUAAAAACUUCAUGGAUCAAAAAAAAAACUGUUCAAAAAUAAUCAUUUAAUUUUUUAUUGCUCCAUGAUUGGUCUAUUAGUAUUAGAUGUACAUAAUUUUAAAAAAAUAUAUAUUUAAAGGUUUCUAUUUUAUAGGCCAGAAAUAUUUUGAUUCAGGGCAUUACUUUAUUGGCUGAUUGUCGAGCUGAUUGUACAUAAUAUCAUGUUUGCAACAAUCUUGUUCCAAAUAUCAUUGUCAUUUAACAAAUAUAGGUAGUGCAUCAUAUUAACUAAUCAAAUAUCAGCCCGCAGGAUGUAUUAUUCCUUUUUUCACAGUGAUCUAUUCUUUAUUUCUUUAUAACAGGAUUAGCAAACAAUUCCCUCCACUCUGGUUUUUGGAUGAGUUUUUGAUGGAUAUUUGAUAUUUCCAUACAAACUAAACUAAAGCUGGGUUUAUACACGAAAUAAAAUAACAUAAAAUAAGAAAUAAAAUAAAAUUAAAAGAUGGCCUUAUGAGAAUCCAUGGUGGCGUUUAUACGCAAAAAUAAAAUAAGAUAACAAAGAAGCAAAAAUAAAAAGUUGGUUAACUUUUAACUUCUUAUUUUAUUUUAUGUGAAAAUGCUAUUUGUGCAUGUCACGACGUCGAUUAGAUUAGACCGAUGACAGUUCAGGCGCGUGGUGAUUGGUUCAAAAUAAUUCUAAUUUUAUUUUAUAUUUUUCUGUAUAAACGCCUUAUUUCUUAUUUUGCAUAUUUUUUAUGUUAUUUCUUAUUUUAUUUUAUUUUAUUUCCUGUAUAAAUCCAGCUUAACACAUAUUUCCACCAAAGAUUCUGAAAGUCCUCGCAAAAAUCAAAUUCUCUAUUCGCCAUAAAAAAAAUUAACCAGAUUUUUUUC